AUGUCCUCACUUUUUGAAAACAUUAAAGACAAAGUCAUUGCUGCUAAGCAACAUCUUAAAAAAGGCACCUGCUCUCACUUAAAAAUUAUCUUCACGAACCACAUCCCAACAAAUGCUCACAAAUCCUUCUUACUGGUCAAAAUUAGAAAUGUGCCACUUGACCCUGUAUUACCUUUGCAGAAAGAACCAACAAUAACUGAAAUACAAGAGGAACUUCCAAAAGAAAACAUUCCUGUUCCAAACUUGGAAGAAAACCCCAAGGAGAAUGCUGAAAACCUAGCUAAUCUUGACACAAUAAUGAUAUAUACAGAAGAGGUAACUAAGAAGAAUGAUAAAACUGAUGACAAGCUAAAAUCUCUCUACAUCCAAGAAGAGAAAGAAUUUAAGAAUUUAUGGACAGACACAAUUAACAAACUCAAAGUCACACUGAACAAUCUUGCUCUUAGAAAUCUAUCCUUUAAAGAGAAAAUUUUGGUCGCAAACUCUUUAGUUCUUUCUCGAAUUUGGUAUAUAGCCUAUAUUCUACCUCCAAACAAAAAACAGAUUGCAGAAAUAAAUGGUCUAAUUACACUUUGGAUAAAAGGCAAUUCAAGAAUGCUCCUUAAAUACUCCACUUACCAACAGUCUUAUGAACAAGGAGGGCUCCAAGCCCCUAUUAUAAGCAAUCUGCUUGAUGCAAGAGCUUUGAUAGUCUGGCUCAAACUUCUUUCCGGUAAUACAUUCUGGGCAAAAACAAGCAGUAAAGCCUGGCCCCCAGAAUGGAAACCCUACCUUCUUGCAUGGAAGAAA